AUGUGUAAUAUAUACACUCUGAUGGCUCAGUCAAAAGGACAACUAACACUCGGUUAUUGGGCUAUCCGUGGUCUAGCGGAGCCUAGUCGUCUUCUUCUUCAUUAUACAAAAACACCGUACAAUGAUGAAUUUUAUGUACAAGGUGAUGCACCAGAAUAUUCAAGAGAUGAAUGGUUUUCGAAAAAAUCAAAAUUAGGUUUAGAUUUUCCAAAUCUUCCCUAUUUGUUCGAUGGUGAUAUCAAAUUAACUCAAAGUAAAACAAUUUUAUGUUAUCUGGCUCGAAAAUAUCAUUUGAUGGGUAAAAAUGAACGUGAAGAAGCUGUAAUAUCAAUGAUAAUUGAUCAAUCUCAUGAUUUACGUAGUGAAUUAAAUGGUGUUUGUUAUCAUCCAAAAGAAGACUUUGCAACGGAUAAACAACAAUUUAUUGAAACAAAAUUAACUGAACAACUAAAACUUUUUGAAGACUUUUUAAAGAAAACUGGUAAAAAAUGGUCAUGUAGCGAUGAUAUAACAGCAGCUGAUUUUCAAUUAUUUGAAUAUAUUGAUAGUUGUUUAAUGUUAGAUGAAAGUAUUAUUGAUAAAUAUUCACAUUUGAAAAAUUUUAUGAAACAUUUCCGUGAAAUACCAGAGCUAGAAAACUAUUUAAAACAAGAACAUGCGCAACGGCCAUUAAAUAAUAAAGUGGCAAUAUUCGGUGGUACCGUUAUUCCAAGAAAUAAGGCAUGA